UGUGCUUUACAGCAAGGUAUUUUAAGUUAAAUUUGUAUCUUACUGUUACAGCUGAUGAUGGGCAACAAAUAUUCCUUAAUAGCUUAAAUGUAAGGAUUUUGAAUGCGUCGUGGGGCUCGCUAGCAGCGGCUCCGCCAGUAAUUACUGGUCAGGUUUUGCAUCGUGAGACAUUGCCUCUCAGUGAACAGACCAGGAAACAUAUGCCCUACACGGCUCAUUUGCCACUUUAUUGUUCAUUUGACAUUGUUGAACUGGAUCUACAACCACCGUAUGUGACACCUAUGGCAUUAGAUAAUUUUUCAGAUGAGUUAUAUCGGCGGGCACGGAUUCGCGCGCGUCACGAGCGUGAAGAGCGACGUCGAGAGCGCGCAUACCGUCGCGCUUUGGAAGGGCCACCCAAACCCGACAUAUCUUCGGACGUGUUGUUCCCCCCAGCACCGCACUCGUUCUCCAGCUCUGUGGACCCCCCACUGUCAUCUGAAGUCUCCAUCCAACCUGCUACUGCCAAUGAAAGUCCAUCCACAAGUGUAGGCUCACCACCUACAGGCCCGUCCUUUGCAAAGAUGGCAAGCACUAGUGGGACAUGGCGCGUACGUAAAGUGCCUACGCCACCGCCUCCGCAGCCAGCCGAAGAGGAGGAAGGCACCUGCCCUCGCACACUUUGCCUUAGCGACGCCAUCGAGGCCGCUCUCCACGCUACUCCUUCGCCUUCUUCUAAGAAAAACAAAAAGACCAAGCAUAAAAUUCUUUUUGCCACUGGAAUGCAGAGAGCACCUUAAUUUUGUUCCUUAUUAUUAUCUCUUGUGUUAAUAUUUUAUAAAUUUUUAACAGCUUGUUCUAUACAUAAAAAAAUAGUUUUAAAAGAAUUUAUAAAAAUUUGAAUACCUUAUAGAACUGCAAGUUUAAUUUUGCUGUUUAGUGACUAGUAAUUUGUUGGCGGCAAGAAUUGUGCUAAUGUAUUUUAGAAAUUAUGUUUUGUUGAAAUAAAUACGAUUGCUGUUCAAUAUUGUCAUCUUAUAACAUAUUCUGUGUAACCAAUUUCAACUUUGUAAAAAAUAUAAUAAAUGAGGACGUAAUUAUGA